AUGGCUUCAGCGCAGGUGAUGCAAAACUCGGCAGCGGGCUCCUCGCGCAAGCAGGGGCAUCUUGAAGCUGGAAAGCGUCGGGUAUGCUCUUUACUGGUUCUCAAUUUUAGUUUGAUUUUUUCCCAAUGUCUGCCGCCUGGGUACGGAGAAAUAAUGGUCCUUUAUUUUCCGAGAACCUUAUGUGAGGAUCAUACGAUUUUAUGAAUGCGGACAUAGUUUUGGAAAUUUGAGCUCCCGAGGAAUGGAGAAUAAAAUUAAACGGAUAAGGGAAAGUAAGCGCAUGCAUUCCCUUUUGAUUGAGUACGAUAUUCGUUAUUUAUUUAUUUCUCAUCAUUGACAACUGCAAAGUCAUGUUAUUAUACCUUUAUAUUUGCCGUUGUUGUGAUUCUGUGUUUGAGGUAUACGUUUCUGUCCUAUUCGGCAGAAGUAAAACAUUUGAAAUCUGAUAUUAUCUGCUGUCUGCAUAAAAACAUAAUUAAAUAUAGAAACGAUCGGUUUAUAAUGGAAGUCAAAUAUUGCAUCUGCUGAAUGCUUAUUCUGGGCCUUUAGGUUAAGCGUGGAUUUUUUGUAUUUGUAUCUCACAUUUACAGAGUCUUUGUUUAUCAUUCAUGCAUUGAAGAACUCAAUUGAUAUCCAGUCGAACUUUACAUAGAUGCUUCAUAAGUUCACUUCCAAGACACAUUAGCAUCAUAUACCUUGUUCUAUCAUUUUGAAGUUGUUAGAUCAGUGAAAGAGGUCAUGUGUACCUUCUUCAUGGUUUCACAAGGCUUUUGACUGCCCCUCUCCUGUCAAAAGUACGCCAUACUAUCUUGUGCUGACUGGAGUUCUCACAAGAAAACUGAUUGUAAAACUCACUAAAUACUUUGUUAAUUCAUCUACGAAUCUUGUAUGUGAGUUUAUCUGAAACACUUUAGUAUUUGCAAGAAGUUUGUAUUCAUAAUUAAAAAUCAUGCAUUUGAUCGAAGAUCACCCUAUGGGCCUGUCUACCUUGAUGACUAACAGUUGCGGCACCUUACAUCAGGGUUUCUUUCUUUAUAGUUGAUAGUUGACCGGAGUUGUCAGUUUUUACACCUUUUUUAAAACGUUGUGAAGAUCAGUUGCUGAAGCUGAAGAAGAUUGAAUCUCUGCUGUUCGUCGAUAGUUGAAAGGAGUUGUUCUGAGCUCUUAUACCUUCUUUCUCAAAGGGUUAGAUGAUCGAUUGCUGAAGAUAUAGAAGAUUGAAUUUCUGGUGUCUCGGGAGUUGUAGUAGUUGCUAUAUCAGCAAUAAUAAACUAGGAAAUGGGUUGAUUUAGUUCACAGGACUGUAUGACAAGUUUCGGAGGAUCUCGUGUACGGUGAAGAUACAGAUAUGAGGUCAUGAAAGUAAAUCUUUUUUUGAAUUUUAGUGUGAGGGAGUUAAUUUUCUGUUAUGAUAAAAUAAGUUAUUUCUUUCUGCUUCCAUUUACUGGAUGAGUGAUAAUGGGGCAUUUAUGGCAAAAUAAUACAGUAAUUCCGUGCUUUUUUCUGUGCAUUAUUAUGCGUUUUCUUUUGUAUUUUGGAAGAUCUACAGAGAAAACCACCAACACAAAAGUGUCAGCCUUAUGCGCAUUUGAAUUGUAUUUUUUUGACCAGCGAUGGAACAUAAAGGUUUUUCAAAGAGAAAAUAUGCAAACACUAUUAAAAAAAGGUCUCUCAUGUAGAACAAUGUCAAGGUCUCAAGGAUCUAUUUCGGAGGCAUAGCAACUCAUUGGAUCCCAAAGUUAGGAUAAAAAAAAAAUCCCUAUCCACGGAAAUCAUCCAAUGCUGACUAAUUUAAAGCAUACUUAGUCAAACCCACGUUAAUUAAACAUAGCUAUGUUUUAAGGGAUAUGAUAGAAAUAGGAGUGUUGGUUAGAAAAGCCGAGGGGAGUUUCAUAACUAACGGAGUAGAUGCUCAAUGAUUUUCUUAUUUUUUGGUUCCAAAAUCUGUCUUUUGUCAUAAAUUCUGAUUGGGCUGAUUUGCCUGAUUUACAGAACUGCUUUCUUCAUAUUUAAACACCAAUCUAGAUUGAGGGAUAGUUUACUUAGAUUCAAUCACAAGUUCCCUCCAACUGUUAUUGAUGAUGUGUGUUUCAGAAUUUUUUUGUCUCGGUUGAUCAAAUUUAAAAGGGGGUUACUUUCAAAUCAUUUGUGAAAAAGGAAUUCAGCCUGGAAAAUUAUUUAGGCUUUUGAAAGUGGAUAGUGUCGCAUGCUACUCAAGUAUAACUAAUGGAUGAGGAUACAAAAAUGUAUAUGAUUAGCUCUGGAAAACUCGUCAUAUCGCAAAGCAAUAAAUUUCAAGGUUGUGAAGACCUUUCUGUGGUCCAAAGUCUCUCAAAAUAAUGGUCAUCUCAUUCAUCAUUAGCAAGCACUGUAUAUCACUCUCUUAUUUCGUAACAGGGAAAGAGAACUUCUAUCAAUUGAUCAAUUCUCAUAGCUAAACAUGCAGUUCUUCCACUCUCCAGAGGCAGGCCGAGGAAGAGUUACCUUGGUUUUCAUUUCAUUGCGGAUCUGUUUUGCUCCAAACCUCUCAAUUUCAUUUCUUAGUUUCUAGGAGGUGCUAACUAAUGCUUGAGAGGGAAACCUAAGAAGACCUGGUAAAGUGUGUCAAACUGGACUGAACCCUCAUUUUCUUGUAAAAUGUCCAGUUAUGCUGGCUUCUAUGUUCCUUAUAUCUUCAAAUUGAAGAUAAUGAUAUUUUAUCGCUUCAUUCAUUCCGUCCUUUAAUUUCAAGUGUCUUUCCUCUAUUUUGAAGUUUUUGGCUCUUUCUUUCAGCUAGAAGAAUUUCGUAAAAAGAAGGCUGAAGGGAAGGCUAAGAAGGCUGUAUCCACUGGCCAAUUGCUGUCAUCCGAUAUUGACCACUUGGACAAAUUGCCACAAGACCGUGGGAAUGUGAAUGAUAGAGCUACAUCUGAUCCAGAUAACAACACAACAAUUGAGUUGACCAGAGCCAAUACUGGUUCUGAAAUUAAUGCAGUUGGCUCUUCCACAAGUACCAAAUCAGUUUUGUCAAAUGUUACAGAAGCUGUUUCUAUCAAUCAUGAUGGCACAUCACAUAGUGGCCUACAAUCAAAGGAACAAUCACGAGAUGACGGGGCUGGAUCUUACAAGAACUUUCAGUUAACUAGGUUGAUGGAUGACUAUUAUUCUCAAGGAUGGGAUAAGAAUCAUCUUCAUAGUGAAAGGGACCCUGAAAGGAAAGUAUCAGAUAAAUCUGUAAUGCGACAAGGAAAUGUACAUUCGGUUUAUCCCAAUUCAAAGUUUGACGUGAAAGAUAACAAUUCCACGCUUUACUCUGGUGAUGGUCUGCAAGAGGAUAAAGAACAAGACAAAUUUGAGAUUGUCCAGUCAAAUCCUUUUUAUGUACCGGACAAGCAAAGCGGUUUCAGAAGCACAGGGUCUUUUUCAAAUAUAUCAUUGGAGGAAACCGCAUCUACAUCAUACGAAGGUACUUUGAGUUCUAAACUUCUUUGAUCCUCAAUCUUUUAAAAGAAAUGACAGCUCUCUUAAUAAUGAUCCCAUUUUACAGAUACUUAUGCCUUACAGCAACGUAGGCCAGACACUAAGAACCAUGAUGGUGCAAAGGGAUUAAGUGGCGGUGGAAAGUUGACUAAUGAUUUGACUAGUCACCGUCAGGAUAUCAACAGUGAACAUUGGCGCUUUGCAGAAUCUCCUGUGGAUUCUGCUUCAACUUUGAAAAGCUCUUCUACUCAAUUUCCUUCCUCAUCUUCCACCUCUGUCCCUACCGCUACUUGGCGAGCUCGUCCAUCCUUCCUUGACUUUCUCAAUGUACCUAGGCCUUCUUCUGUCUCUCAUUCAUCAUUUUCUGAGCCAGCAAAUACUGAGCCGACUGUUCCUUUCAGUAGUUCAAAAUUUUACGGUGCUGAGGUUCAGCAGUUGCCUUCUCACAAGUCAGAUGAUAAGUAUUUUCAGGGAGAUGCAUCAUUAGCUGGUCCGCAUUCUUUUGGCAGAAAAGAGUCCGAUUUGAAUUUUUCUGCUUCUAAAAGUGAAGAUAAACUAAGAAAGGAAGUCGUGGAUGGUGACAGAAAGGGAAUGAAGGAUUUUUCAAGUUCAACAAAGGAUGAAGAUUUUGCAGCUCUAGAGCAGGUUCAUAGCAUCUAUAAUAAGUAGUACUUAGAAAAUAUUGCUUUAUGUUGUUAGUUUCAUUUUUUUAUUGUGUUCAGAAGUUAAUUUAGGGUCUAGGUAGCUGUAUUGCAUUCCUCAAUUCUCAUGAUUUUGCUGAUAAUAUUUUGGAAUUUUUUUUUCAUGUUGCUUUUGAUUUAUGGUGGUUUUUGUCUCAGUAUACUGAGCAGUUGAGAAUUUUAAAAACAGAAUAA